AUGCACCGGUUCAAGUGGAUGCGGAGCACGCCGCUCAGGCGGUACGCCACGUUGGGAAGCCAAAUUGGGGGUCAAAUGGGUCAAGAAGUCAGCGGAAAGGUCAGCGGAAAGGUCAGCGGAAAGGUCAGCGGAAAGGUCAGCGGAAGAGUUAGCGGAAAAGGUAGCCGCAAAACCGAUUACCAAGUGACUGCCCCCCCCCUUUGUAGACACUUCUCCAGCAGCGAAAGCGCCAACCUGAAGAAGAACCCUACCACGGGGGUGAAAGGCGCAGGAGGUGCUGCCGCCGCGAAUAAACGAGACGAAAAGGGGAGUAGCACCAAGAUGGGCAAAAUAUCGCAAGUGAUCGGAGCCGUGGUGGAUGUGGAAUUUGAGGAUACCCCCCCCUCCAUUCUAAACGCACUUGAAGCAGAACUAGACGAUAAAAAACUCAUCUUAGAAGUCGCACAACAUUUGGGAAACAAAGUCGUGAGGACCAUCGCCAUGGAUGCAACCGAUGGGCUGGUCAGAGGACAGAAGGUUCUAGAUAGUGGUAAGCCAAUAUCAGUACCGGUAGGGAAAGAAACUCUCGGAAGGAUUAUGAAUGUCAUUGGAGAACCUAUUGAUGAAUGCGGAAAUAUAGAAUGUAAAAAAAUAUUACCUAUUCAUAGAGAACCCCCAUUAUUCACAGACCAGAGUACCGAACCUGCAUUGCUAAUUACAGGUAUUAAGGUAGUCGAUCUGAUUGCACCAUACGCUAAGGGGGGUAAAAUAGGUCUCUUUGGCGGAGCAGGGGUGGGAAAAACUGUUCUCAUCAUGGAACUAAUUAAUAACGUAGCAAAGAAGCAUGGAGGGUAUUCUGUCUUUGCUGGAGUCGGGGAGAGGACAAGAGAAGGGAACGAUCUAUAUCAUGAGAUGAUAACUACUGGAGUGAUUAAGAAGAAAAAAAUCGGAAAUGGAAAAUACGAUUUUGAUGGGUCAAAGGCAGCUCUGGUAUAUGGCCAAAUGAAUGAGCCUCCAGGAGCUCGUGCGAGAGUUGCCCUAACUGGUUUGACCGUGGCCGAGUAUUUCCGAGAUGAAGAAAACCAAGAUGUGUUACUCUUUGUCGAUAAUAUAUACCGAUUUACACAGGCAGGGUCUGAGGUAUCUGCUUUAUUAGGUCGUAUCCCUUCAGCAGUUGGAUAUCAACCGACGUUAGCCACUGAUUUGGGAGCUCUCCAGGAGAGAAUCACCACGACGAAGAAUGGCUCCAUCACAUCUGUUCAGGCCGUGUAUGUACCUGCUGAUGAUCUGACCGACCCUGCACCUGCAACGACCUUUUCUCAUCUUGAUGCAACGACCGUUCUGUCCCGAUCCAUAGCUGAGUUAGGUAUUUACCCUGCUGUCGACCCUUUGGAUUCCACCUCCCGUAUGUUAACGCCAGAUAUUGUGGGUGCAGAGCAGUACGAAGUAGCUAGAAAUGUGCAGCAGAUCUUACAGGAUUAUAAAUCAUUACAAGACAUCAUUGCCAUUUUAGGCAUAGACGAGUUGUCCGAACAGGAUAAGCUAACCGUCGCCAGGGCAAGGAAGGUUCAGAGAUUCCUAUCGCAACCCUUUGCUGUGGCUGAAGUGUUUACUGGCAAGCCGGGGAGGUUUGUCGAAUUGGAAGACACCAUCAAGGGCUUCUCCGAGCUGCUCAAGGGCAACUGUGACGACCUGCCCGAGAUGGCCUUCUAUAUGGUGGGCGGCCUGGAAGAAGUGAAGUCCAAGGCGGUUGAGAUGGCCAAGCAGGUUUCGUGA